AAUAAGAAAAAUAUAUGUUCAGGAGAAACGAGCUUUAUAUGUGGCAGUGAAGCUUCGAAGAGACUGAAGCGGUAAUAUUUUUUGCAGGUCUGGUUGUUUUUGUUUGGCGAUAAUAGUGGUUUGGUUUCUAUGGAGAUCAUCUGAAUCCUCGAGGCCAGGAAUUUUUUGAUUUUGGGGGUAACUUGUCUACGGAUACAUGUGACCCUAACCUAGCUUGUAGGAUCGCUUUCAAAACAAGUUGAUUUAUGAACUUAAUAACGUAUGUUAUCGUUUUGCCAAGGUUAAUUGCAUUUUAAAGAGUACUGUGAUACAGUUUUAACCGUCGUCGGAGGUUAAAUAACUACAUAACUGGUCCUAGAAAUUGACAAGUGUGUAUACUCCCAAACGGCUCGCAUAUUGUCAUCGAAUAUGGCCACGGUAUUAAGCCAUGUAGCCGAGAACCCUGACCCAGAAAACUCGAUGGAUUUAGACGAUUCCGAACGAGGAGCUCAAGCAGACGAGGUCAACGGGGGCAGUUUCAACUUUGAUUCUUACAUCGAUGAAGAAUUCUCUAACAUCUUCGACAGCUGUGGUGAGGAUUCCGAAGGCGAUUUUGAGGACCAUCCGAACACCAACUUGUCACAUUCUUCUAGAAUAUUAGCACAACAACUUCAGAUCUUAAAAGAAACUAAUAUUGAAGAGGUUGGAGCCUCUUCUGAAGUAUUUACACCGGUUGAAAAUAUCCAAGUAGAUGCCGCAAACAAGGUUUCUUUGACCACAAGAAGUAAAGAUGGCGAGGGGGUGUCAUCGACUUCAACCGAAGCGCAGAAGUAUCUCUGUGAGAAGUGUCAUCGACUGCAAUCAAAUUCAUAUUCGCUCGAUUCUGGGAUUGGGGAUGGACAUAAAGAAGAUAUAUCUUAUACAGGUGAAAUAACUAUAAGAGAUUCUGUAGUCACAGAUGACAAAAUUAUUGACAUAUUAGAAGAACUUGGGACAUGUUGGAAGAGUAUUGGUCCAAUACUCCACAUUAAUUCUGCCAAGCUAAAAAACAUUGAUACGGAUAACAGUAAUUCAAAGGAUAAAGCAAGUGACAUGAUCGCAACGUGGAAACAACAAGAAGGGAAAUAUGCUACUGUGGGGACCCUGGAGCAGGCAUUACUUAGGAUUAAAAGAAAAGAUGUCGCUGAUAAAUUCAUAGGAGUUGUAGGAUUGGAGAGUACAGCACCACCAGCAAUACAACAUAUUGAUAAACCAUUAAAUCUAAAUAUCAAAGUUGGCAUCACUACAGACUACACUCAACCAGAUACUUCUGUAUUGCUGUGUGAGGAUGGUAGUACAGGUAGAAAAUAUAUUGUCAAAGAAGUCACAGAUGAAAAUCAUGACUGGAAUGUUGAAAAGAUUGUAGAUGAUGAGAGAGUUUUAGAAAGAAUGAUGUACGCAGCUAGAAAUUCAAGAAAAACAAGGGAAGAGCGAAGACAAGAAAGCCUUCGCCGUGUCUCUGAAGAGUUGGCACAGCUACGCAAGAGAAUGAGAAAAGUACGAAUUGACAGUGACAGUGAUGAUGAUGAAGUAACAGCAACACAAAAAUCUAAACAAGCUAAACCUCAUAGAUCAGAACACAACAGAAUGACCCCAGACGAAGCAAGAGAAAUGCUGCGGAUGUGUGAAUUUCAAAGUGAAAGUUCACAGACCAUGUAUAAAGUGCUUAUAAAGUUAAUUGGUGAAGUUGGACCACUAGAAGAUAAUUCCAGAUGCUUGAAGCAGCUCUCGGAGUUCACUUUAGAGCUUCGAGCACAAGAAUACAAGCUCUUACCAAAACUUGAGCUUUUAAAUUCAGUGAAAGAAGACUUGAAUGAAAACCAGCUCUUGCAUUUGGGAAGUCUGAAGACCUGGCAAGAUACACAAAAUAAACAAGUUGAAGGGAUUGAAAAAUUGCUGACAAGCUUGCUUGAGCAAGGGAAUAUCAAAUGGCAACGAGUUAGGAAGCAAAGUAAUCGCCGUUCAGAGCCAAUCUUUAACAAACUUCCUCUUGGUGGAGCUUCUAGAAGGGUACUGUAUCGAGCCAAGACAGACUCCUAUGAUAGUAAGAGGGCUUAUCUGAGCAGCCACCAAGAAAAUCAGGAUGAAGAAAGAAAAAAGCAAAUAUCCUUACCAUCCAAUGCAAGACAGUUUAAGAUGCUGUGAGAAAGUAUGAUGGAGGACUCAAGGUUCUUGAAUAGUGCAUUAUACGUAUACAUUGCCAUCUUAAUGCCCUUUAAAAAUAAUUAAUUGCUACAGCUGCCACAAGGUGCCAUUGUCUGGCAUGCUGCUUACUGUACAAUCAAGGCAGGGUUGGAGAUGGCCUUAGUUAGAUGACCAGAGUCUGGGUUUUCUGAUUGUUUACACAUGCAAAUCAUUCAGAUUAACCUACAAAUUAUUUUGUUAAUUAAAAUUAAUCACUUGUAUAACCUCUUGUCCAUAAAUAAUGAACCUUCCUUUUUACCUAUUUUCAAUAUUUUUUUAGAUAUUUUUUUAGAUCAUAUAUUUUAAUCCAGAGAGAAACUCUCAAUUAAUUACUAUACCAGAGUUAACCAACCAAUGCAACAAUCAGUUACCGUAGACUGAUAAGAAUAACCAGUAUGCUACAAUAUCAGGGCUACAAUAUAUAAUUUCUGAAUGGCUUUGUAAUGUUUAAGAAAUAAGCCAGUUUGUAGUUUAAGAAUCUUUUCCAGUGUUUAAAGCAAAAGAAGGUUCAAACCAAAGGAGGUAAGAAAUUCAGGAAAAAAUCGCAUGCUCACUGAAAACGAUUCUUAUUACAAUUACAAAUUAGAUUCUUAAAUUUAUUACAAUUACAAAUUAAAUAAAGUGUAAUGCAGAUCCAUGGGGCUUUAGUGGGUGGCUAGUCAAGCCUCUAUGGAGUUGAAAAUAAUAAUAAAAAAGAUAAAUCAUAAAAAGGCUGCUAUAUGAUGCCUUUCUAGGUAACAGCCACCCCACUUCUCCCUUCCUCCUUCCCCCUCCCCCUUCCCCCCUUCCCCCACCCUCUCCCCUCUUGAAACUGCUCUGUGUCCACUUCUGUAACAUCAAAUACAAGUGACUGCAGCAUAUUUAGGGAUAGCUGCAAAUUUCUUCAUUCUUAUAUAUUGUUGUUGAUUAUGUAUAUACUAGAAUUCAUUCAAUGGAUAUUUAUGAGAAAAAUUCCAAUCAUUUAGCUUAUGUUGUAAUUUCACAAACUUACACUCUGGGAGAUGUUCAGGUGUAUUGCUGGGUUUCAAUCAACUGAUAAAGCAAUCUUUAGUUCGAUGAUAAUAAAUGCAGUUUCUCUUUA